UUACACCCUAAGUUUCACGCUUCCCACCAACCCAUAGUCUUGGUCAAGUAGAUGCUUAGUCGUCUCAACCACAUCCGCGCCGCCUUGUUUUCUUUCGUGACGCCUGCAAUGUCGCAUACAGUUGAUACGUCUCAUUAUCGUGCCGCUUUGUCCACAGGUGCUCAUACUAAAAGCGAGAUUGCCACAUUCGCUGCGGGGUGUUUUUGGGGUGUCGAACACAUAUUCCUGAAAGAGUAUCCGCCUUCGCAGAACAAGGGCAUCCUGAAGACGAGCGUCGGAUACACCGGCGGGCUGGAGAAGGCUCAGAGCCCGACAUACAGAGAAGUGUGCACUGGAACAACCAAUCAUGCUGAGGCCUUGAAAAUCGAAUUCGACCCUUCCACAAUCCAGUACGAGCAGCUCGUCGAGUUUUUCUACCGUACCCACGACCCGACUACGCUGAACAGGCAAGGUGCGGAUGCGGGCACUCAGUAUCGUUCCGCCAUUUUCACACAUUCACCUGAACAGAGGAAGAUAGCAGAGGACGUCACACGGAAGGUGCAAGAGGAACAUUUCAAGGGUCAAACGAUUGUGACGGAAAUUGAAGACGCUGGGCAGUGGUAUGACGCCGAAGAAUAUCAUCAACUGUAUCUGUUCAAAGAACCGAACGGUUAUCAAUGCCCAACACACAGGAAGCACUGGUAGAUGGAUGGAAUUAUUAACACUGGGUAAAUGAGUAUUCAUAUAUAUUGAAGAAUGUACAGUAAAUACAAAUUGAAGUUGUGAACCAUCGACAAG